AUGCCAAGAAUCUUGGGACCACGCAACCCGGCUGAAUCGGAGUACGGCCACGUUCACCCUUACAACGAGGAGAGAGCACCCGGCUCGUCGAUAGCCUCAACAGAGGCCUCUGUCGAGUCACUCGUGAGCAAGGUUUCGAAGUUCUUCUCUCCAGCACGCGACAUCCAUCCGACGGGCGCUCAGAAAGACUUCGGGGCGCUCCCUAAGGGCCCCAAAAACCCGAUGUCAUACCUUCAAUCGCUAGUGGGUCGCUAUCCUCUUGGGGUAGAAACCCAUACCUCCGGUGCUGCCGUCGAAGAUCCAGAGUUUAGCUUCAAAGAUACUAUGGAUUCCGUUGCGACCUUGGUUCGCAACCGUGACGUUGAUGGUACGAAUGACAUGGCCCACAGCUUGCUGAGAGCGAUAGCCGUGAGAAACGACGAUGCCGGAAGAUUGAUGAGAGAUGCGUGUCGGGAUGCUGGCGUAAGCCCUGAGGAAUUUUUCCAUUUGCUGCCCAUCUCUGAGGACCUCCUAGAGCGCGGCUUUAAAGAGCCGGCGAGGUAUCAUGAGAUCUUCAGUAACCUCGUGCAGUGGCUCACAUAUGUGCGCUUCACCAACAAACGACGAUACCAGGAGGCACUCGAGAUAACUAAGGCAGAAGGUAGUCCGCUCGUGGUCAACCAUUUUUUUCCCGAACAAUUUUUCGUCGACACUUUGGUGGAGAAAGGCAAACCAGAAAACGUGAUGGCGUUUUUAAAUUAUCUCCUCGGGAUAGAAGAGAGUAAGAAGUUCGCGGGUAAGGCACUUCUACUAUUGCAGGCCAAGGACCCAGACGUGACCUUGAAGAUGUUGCCGGGGUGA